UGGCGAGGGAUAAUGUCGCACUGUCCCUGAUUUUUUAAAUAUUUAUAAUAUUAUUAAGUAGAUCGACCUUAUUGUUUGUGAAGUCAAGUUUUAAGUUUCCUUAGUGUUGUGUGUAUGUUAAUAUUUCUAUGACUUUUGGUGUUCGCUCAUUUAGAAAAGUAAAGUCGCCCUGGGUAAUACCAUUGAAAUAACCAAGUUACUAGUGAACGUCGGACGAGUACCAGAAAAGUGUCAGCCACAGAACGGAGACUGGAUGAGGUGUUUGCCACAUGGAAUGUAGCUUGGUAUAAACAUGAAUGGGGGAGUGAAUGGAAUGAUGGAGGAGUCAAAGGAAGUGUCUAGUAAUGACCACCUAGAAGACUCAAAGGAGGUCAAAAUAGAGACAUCUGAAGAGGCAGAUGCAGAUAACAGCCAAUCCGAAACAAUUGAUUCGGAUAUAACUUAUAAUAUAGACAGUGGUAAUGAGCCUGCAGAUAAUUCACUCGCAGGUAUUACAGAAAACACUAACAGUCUCGGGAGCAUUGAAAAUGAACUUGAUGAAUAUUCUACAGAAACUGCAUCAAUACCUACAAUACAGGAAAACAGCAGUACUAAAUCUUUAACAAACCACUUUAGUAAUAGCAAUGAAUCGUUCAUAGACACUUUAGACAGUCAGCCUAAAUCAGAAAUUAUACCUGGUCCAGAGAAUGGCAUAACAUCUCAACAGAAUUUUAGUAAUGACUUUAAAAACGAGUGCUCGAAGGUAUACGAUGAUGACAGUAGCAAAAAUAUGGCUUCCAACAAUGGGGUGUCUGAUGAAGCGGAUUCAGAAGCCGAUUCGGAUGAUGAAGAAUUUUCCGAGGCGUCGGGCGAGCAAAGAGCAGAGGAAACAGUAAGCAUUAAUUCAGAGUCAGAUAUGGAGGCCCAAGAUGAAUCUUCCCAAGAAGGUCAAAAUAAAAACAAAAAUGAAAAUUUAAUGUUAUUAGAACAUGAUAGGUCUGAUAGUCAAAAUGGAAACGCAGAUGAUUGUUCCAGUCCUGAGGUACAUGAAAUUGUGAGUGAUACUGAAGAUUGUGUCGUAGAAGAAAAACAAAAGCCUACGGAAACUCAAGUACAGCUACGUCGAAGUAGUAGGGCUAUCAAAAGAAAAAGAUACGAUGAUGAUAUAGAGAACGGAGAUUAUGAAUCAGAUAUAGAAGAAAUUGCCAUGGGGGACACUUUCAGACGUAGAUCGAAAGCGAUUGUCAUCAACGAUACUAAAACUUUAGUCGAAAUGGCAGCGAAACAAAUAAAAUCUGGAAUUCAAAAAAAGGAACCAACUGUAGUAAUUAUAGACACCAAUUCCAUGUCUUCUGUUAAAGGGAAUACAAUUAGGAAAAAUUACAUUCCGCCUAGCAAUUCGGCAUUAAGCGCACAGAAUUUAUAUCAGAGUAUAGUUGCUCGAGGUACCACUGUAACUCCAAUAAGCAAUAAGAAUAGCAUGGCUUCUCAAAGUUCCUGCAACACUCAAACCUCAAUAUUGCCGUCUCUCACUGACGAUAUGUAUGUCGUUGAGGCACCUUCUUUCAUUGUACCUUAUGUAUAUGAAAAGCCUUCGGUUAAACCGUUUAGAAAUUUUGUAGAUAAUUUAGGUAAUGAAUUAAAAGAGCAAAGAGCCAAAGAAGAGGAGGAGGAGAGGGAGAGAGAAAAAGAAGAACAUGAAAAAAAUGAAAACACGGAAAAACCUGACGAAGAAAUUGCAUCUGAUGCAGAAACAGAAAUUUCAACUAAGACAAAAGAAGAUUUAGAAGAGGAAAAUAAGCAAAAGAAGAGAGAAGAAAAGAGGGAACGUCGCAGACGUAGAAAUGAUGACGACGAUGCAUCUUGGGAUGGUCAAUCUUCGACCGACUCUGAUGACGAAAUAGGUAGUGAUGAAGAAGAUAAGACUGUUGUCAUAAAGGAUAAAGCAGAUGUCAUCGAUGACAUUAAGGGUGUGACUGACUUAACUGUUGAUAAAGUAGUUACCGGAAAGUCUGAUAAUUACUUUGACCUGUCCCUUGGUAAGUUUUUUAUGAAUAUUGGCCUAAACCUUGUUCAAGAAUAUGUACAAAAUGAUCUACUGAAGCAACAAAACAGGAAACUUUAUAGAGAAAAAAAAGGAGGUCAUAGUACAAAAAUUACAGAAUCUUCUAUUGCAUCACUUAAGAAGAACUUAGAGUUCAGUAAAGAAAAUAAUGCUCCAUAUGUCUUUAAGCAACAUAAAUGUGAAUUUUGUAGUUUUAAAACUGAGUCAUCACUGGUGAUGGCUCAUCAUCUUGAGACUCCGCACAUGAAGAACAGUGUUUAUAAGUGUAACUUUUGUGUCUACGAAAGUCGAAGUCCGCACGAUAUAUUAUAUCAUAUGGAAGCCGAACAUAGUACUCGUGGAAAAUUAGAAAGGGCACCAGCGUACCACCAAUGUGCGAACUGUCCCUUUGAAGACAACGGCAAAGGCAAACUGGCGCGCCAUCUUAUUCCAUGCGCUAAGAAAUUCAAGCCCGAAAUGAAUCUCGCCCCACCUAUUGAGUGGGAACCGCCAGCAAAAAUACCAAAGAUUGCUCGGGCUCGUAAUGCUAUGAUGGGUUCAUACCACAAUACUUUCCAUCGGGGUCAAGUGGGUAACAAUAUAGGAAGACCACCUAUGAGCGGUCUCAUGGCGAGUACAAGCUUCCGUCCGAGAGGUCGGUCGCCUAUGGGCAUUGUACCCAGAUCCACACCUGUUCAAGGCAUACCAAUCCUUCGGAGUGGGGUUAUGGUGAGGCACAACACACCAUCGCCUGUUUUGGUGCCACCGAAUUAUCCUUCAGGAGGUAACAAUGGAAAAAACGCAUCUUUACCUAAAUCUUUGCAUCAGCCAUCCAUCUCAAUAACACCAUUACCGCGGCAACCAGUUCCAACGCAACCACAGCCUCCUCAGCAGAACAAGAGUACAUGUGUCAUUUGCGAGAUCUGUGAUGGUUACAUUAAGGACUUGGAACAACUAAGAAAUCACAUGCAAUGGAUACAUAAAGUAAAAAUUCAUCCAAAAAUGAUAUACAACAGGCCUCCGCUUAACUGUCAAAAGUGCCAGUUCAGGUUCUUCACAGACCAAGGAUUGGAAAGGCAUUUACUAGGCUCACAUGGCUUGGUAACCAGCUCAAUGCAAGAAUCAGCGAACAAGGGUAAAGAUGCUGGUCGAUGUCCGGUGUGUGGCAGGGUAUACCAGUGGAAACUUCUUAAUCAUGUCGCGCGGGACCACAAUCUUACAUUAAAACCCGCCCAUCUCUCAUAUAAAUGCACAGUUUGUACCGCAACAUUUGGCAUGUACAAGCAAUUUGAAAAUCACGUAUAUUCUGCGCACAGUGUUGUCGCCAAACGUGUAAUGGACAAAGGCAAGACGGCAACACCAGUCAAAGCUGGCCAGUCGUUACUCAAACCGCUCAAAAUUAACGACGAAAUCACGAUUAUACCUCAACCAGUGAAGGCAACAACGCCACCGAUUAAAGAAAAAUAGAUAUAUGCGGUACCGAUAAUGGUACAAAGCCGUGAGCUUGCCGAUGUCCUCGCCAAUUCUUACGAAUGGUUCGGGUCUUCAGACCUUGUCAUUACUAGUGUACAUUCCAAUGUUUCCUAGUGUACACCCGCCAACACUGCGCUGUGUCGUGCAACGACUAGUUUAUAUUGAAUUACAUUUCCAUAAACAUAAGUCGAAAAUUUGAAAUAGCGAUAACAACGACAAUUAGACUGACUGUUAGCUGUUUUGAGGUGUCUCAUGUGAAUACUUUCAGUUUUCAACGCCCUACAAACUAUAUGUAUAUCAUAUUUUAACAUACAAAUAACAGUUUCAAAAUCUUAUUGAUCUUAUGAAUCGUAUUGCUCGUUACGAAUCGUAGUACUUACACCGAUUCUAUAUCUUUUUAGAGACUGAUGUUCGAGUGCAAGAACGGCAUACUGUCGUAUAAAAUGCCCUGUAGAUUAAGAUUUAUGUAAAUUACUCACAGAACUAUAGUAGAUUAUACAAAGCGUUUAAAACAAUAUUAUGUCACUGCCACGGCUUAAAGCCAGUGAUAUAUCGAGCAAAAUAAAAUUUAUACAAUCAAAGUGUUAAAAUAAUGAGUCAUAUAACGAGCUCAGGGAAGAGUUAAAAUGUACGAAUAUUUAUAUAUUCUAAAUCUUUUUUCAAUAUUGCCUAAUGAUAACUGAUAAUUUUGCAUUGAGAUUUGAAAUUGAGUUUAUAUAAGCAAUGUGAUAUUUGAUGGUAAUUACAAUUGCAUAAUAAAAAUAAAAUCUAUUUAAAAGACACUUCUGGACAAAUGUACAUAAAAUUGAUGUCGAUAGGAGAAAAGAAAACUUCUAUCUAUUCCCGAAAAGGAAUUCAGAAAGUAUUAAUAAUUUAAUUAAUUUGAUUAAUGAGAUUAAAGAUUUCUAAUGUCAAAUGAACAAAUAUUUUGUUAAAAUAAUUAAAAAUGUUUGUCCUUUUGGCUAUUUCUAUAUUAUCACAACAUACGGUAAUAAUUUAUAAUCUGACGUCGAUAAUGCUGUACCUUAGUAGGAAGGAAAUUUACAAUAUUCAAUUGACCCAUAUAUGCCUAGAACUUUUUGACACCGAAUUUCAUUAAGACCUUCAACAAGGUCUAAUAUUAAUUUGUAAUACUUCAGCAGGGCAUAAAAUACCCCAGGGACAGUUAAAGUUACGAUUGAUUAACGGGCUAAUUUGAUCAUAGAAUGUCUUACAGAUAAUGUAGAAUAAGGACACUUCAUUAAUGGGGCUUUACUAUUGACAGAUGGAAAUUAUAAAAAAAUGGAAUAAAAAAUUAUGAAGAACGAAAAAUGUAGCAUUAAAUUUAGUUAUUUUUAAAUAAAUACUCGUAAAAUUCCUAAUAUAAUUUUAAAUUAUGUAACAAUUUUGAAGCACAUAACUCCCUUUGAAAAUGGAGCUAAUUGUUUACUACCAUAUCGUAAAAAUAUGAUGGAAUCCCCAUUCCUUUGUCUGUUCUAAUCAAAUAAUGUCUAAUAAAUUACUGACGAGACUACCUUGUUGAAACAUCCAUCCAAAACGUUAUAUUUCCAUAUCGCCUUAAGAGACUAGAUAUAUAUAUAUAUAUAUACAUAAAUAAAUAAAAUAUGUACUAUUGGAAUGUAUACCAACGUACAUUCGCACCCCAGAAAAAUACCUCAAAUAUUUGUAAUUUUUCUGAGAAUAAUAAUUCCCCUCGAGUAAGAUAACAUAUUGAAAAAGGUAUAUGUAGUUUAAUAUAAAAAGAAUAUAUAUAUAUAUAUAUAGGAUAGUAUUCACAUAUGUGACUGUUACCUUAAAAACCUGAAAUCCGGCGUAAAUAGAAAUCACCUGAUCAUUAAAUAUCAUUAAUGUUAUGAUGCGCAAAGGUAUAUUCUUAUUAUAAUAAAACGACUCUUGCGAAUUCUGCUUUCGGGAUUUCGGUUAUUACGGUAGCAUAUAUAAGUAUAUGUCGGAUCCAAGUACCAAAUUUAAUAUAUAUUAUAAUCCGAUAAUUUUCUAAUUUAUAUAAUAUUUAAGUAUAGUCCGAUAUGAUAUAAUGCUUCUUGACACAGCACGUUUUUAUUUUAUUUUUUUACCUUUACUGACAAUUGUUAUGAUAUACAUAUUUUAGUAUUGUUUUACGAAUCAAUUAUUUUAUAUCAAAGCAUAGAAUAUGGAGGCUUUGUAGCAUUAGCACCACAUUCUUGCACGUUUACCAUUAAUAUAAUAGAUUUUAAAGAUAUUUUUUAUUUCCGAGUGAUGUCGUAUUCGUCAUGAUUGUCAUUGCAUGUAAUCGUCUGGUACUUGAUAGAAAGAUUUUUUUUUACGGCCAAUUAAGAAAAGGCUAAUCAAAUUAUGCUAUUUGUUUUAUAAAACUAUAUGUAAGAUUUUGAUAGCCCUUAGCUACUAAAAUUAGAUUUAUUUUAGUAAAAUCGAAAGGACCAGGUGAUUAAUUGAUUUGUUAAUACGAUAAGAUUGUUCGACUAAUAGGAAUAUAAUUGCUUUGAUCCCGGAAAAUUGGUAUUUUCAGAUUUUAAGCUAAUACAUAUUCUGUUACAUGUGUAAACUUAACAAGGCGUAUCUAUGCUGAAUCUUAUUUAUAAUUCAUAUCUUAUUUAGAUUUAAAGCGAUUAGUUUGAACAAAAAGGGCGUGUUGUCGGGACAUUAACUGUGCCUUUUUUUGUGUGUAAAUGUUUAUGAUAUAGUAAAUUAAAAUUGAAUUAUACCAAACAGAUAACGCUUAAGCGGUUUGGUACAUUUAAUUUUCUAAGGAUUUCUUAUUUGCCAGGAACCGCAAUUAGGCUACAACGUCAUGGUACUACGAUAUUUUUUCUAAUAUAAGCUAAUAUUAUAUAUGUACGAUUUCCUUUCUGGAUAUACUUAUAUUAUCAUCAUUGCCAUACGUUUUGUGCAAACAUGAGUUUGAUAAUACUUGUAUUGGGUUGUAUAGAUUGCACGAGUGAGUUGUAAUCCUACCUAAGGUACAAACUUAUAUUAAGACCGCAUCUGCGGCUGAAUUCUAUAGGCUGUGUACUGAAAUAGAAUAUAUAUAUUUUCCUCUUAUUAAAGAAAUACCAAUUUCUUUGUAAUUAUUAUUGAACAAUUGUAUAUUAUUUUCGAACCGCAAAGCACCAUGCAUGUUUAUACUUGAUAGCUACAAACUAAUAAUAUUUUACUUUUUCAUAUCAUGUUGUACCCAUUGCAACUUUUACAUAAAUACUAAAAUGCAAACAAAACAAUUGUUAACCCUUUAACCGCCCGACUUCAUAUCUGUUGGCGUGCCCCCAGCGCCCGGCACAGUGAAUCGAAACACACAAUACAAUUUUCUAAAAAUAAUGUUAGUAAUUCUUCUAACUUUGGACAUUAUUUUUAAGACUUCUAAUUAAGAGGCUAAAGUGUAUUAAACUGUAAACGAUUACUUAGUUAACUAUUUACCUAAUGUAAACAUAUUUUUGAUAGAAUACAGCGUAAUUAAAUAAAAAAGCUGAUAAAACGAUCAGUGUUAUUUUGGUCGUAAAUAUACGACUCAGGCGAAAUGGGCCCGAAAAUAUUUGUCGGAUUAAUUCGACCUAGGCGGUUAAAGGGUUAAAUGUGAAGAUCAGCCGUGAAAUCUUAAUCAAUCGUACGUUAUAUAAGGUCGAUUAAAAAAUAUAAAUGAAAUCGGUAAAAUUAUAUAGAAACCAUUAUUUUCUUGAACGUUAAAUAGUUUUUUUAGUCUUAAUUAAUUGGUUGAGAUGUUUUUUGACCGAUGGAGUAUUUAUUUGGCCUUACCUUCACUUAUUUAUUUUAAAAAGUAUUUCGUUACUAAUAAGAUUCUACUAAUGGGUAAUGACUGAGAUACCGUUUCCGUUAAACUAAAAUUACCAUUGAUUUAUUUUGACAUUUAAAUAUUUCAUUUAUUACAAUAGGUAUUCUAGGUACCUAACAUAGCGAGAGACGGGGUAAGUAAUGUCAAGGCAUUCCUAAAUACAAUUCUCUAUAGAAUAUCAAAGGUGCGUGGUUUAUAUUUAUUAUUAUUUAAUUUAGAUUGUUUAAUAUUAGUCUAAAAGUCUAAAGAUGUUUUUUUCUUUUUCGAUGUGUAGAUACGGCGUAUUCGGUUUGUGAACGUACGCUGUUUAUGAAGAUUUGUAACAUUUUUGUUAUGUAAAUAUUUGGUAUCAUUUAAGUAUUUGUAAUAAAGAUACCUUACCAUGAUGA